CUAUCGCACUUUUGAGAAUAUUUUCAAGGGCUAAUACCACUACAACACCCGAACUAUCGCGAAAAUGCCACUUGUGUCCUAUUGUUUCUAAUAUUCCAUCCGUGUCCUGAACUAUGAUACUUUGUGUCAUUUGUAUCCUGUCAAUUUCGUUGACCGUUAAAGAUAACGGUUGACCAAACGGUGGUCAACGCGAAGUUGACUUUUGUUGACGUGGCAAAAAAAGAGGCUGCCACAUAGGUGCCACGUCAUUGACCUAAUAUUUUUUAAUUCAAAUUAAAUAAAAAAAAUGAGUUAAAAUUAAAGAAAAUGUAAAUUCAAUUAUGUUAUUAAACCAAAAUUUUAAAACAAAAUAAUAAAAAACUCUUCUUCUUCUCUGCCAAAGAUUCAAGCUUUGGCUCCUGUUUGAGAGGAAAAUCAAAGCAAGAACUCGAAAGAAAAGCCCCAUUGGAGUGGCACUUUUGCUAGUGAGCAGUAGAUGUUGCUCAUUUGAAAUGAAGGAGAAGAAUACCAAUUUGUUCCCUCUUCUUCUCCUCCUCCUCUCCUUCGUUUCCCUUUCCCUUGUCAACUCGUCUUCUGAUGCAAAGAUCCCACUAGCCAUUUCCAGCCAUGGAACACUCACUCAAGCCGAGGUCUCCUACCUCCGCCGGCGGCAGCUCCUGUACUACAAGGACGAGUUUGGCGACCGCGGUGAGAACGUGACGAUCCCGCCGGGCUUCGUCUUCGAGAACCCGAGGCCACCGCCGCCUCCACUCUUCUCCCCGCCGCCACCGCCAAACCAUUACUACACCGCCAACUCGCCAACUCGCCAAAAAUCUCCCAAUCCGGCUCUGAGAAUCUCUCUGAAAGAUAACCCAACUCGCCAAUCUUUCAUCGUGCCGCUACUAUGGCCGGAACCCAGAAAAUGGGGUUAAUUGAAAAUCAAAAUCCCAAAUCGGCCGCCGCCAUCGACCUUCUCCAUCCCAAAACAAGCGUCGCCCUUCUGUAUCCCGAAACCUUGCCGUCGUCAAUCCUCUCAUCUUUCCGAUCACCAUCUCUCCAUCAAGCCACAACCGCCACCGCAUUCAAACCAGAAGAACCAGAUCUCCAACCUCUGAAUACGGCUAGAUGAUUCAUAUCCCCAACCGUUGAGCUUGAGGGGUUGUUUCUAGAAGGCAAUUCUCGUUGGUUGUUGUUUGCUUCCCCAUAUUUUUGCCUGCACGAUUAAAACUGGAAGAAAGGCGGAAGAGGGCGCCUGUUCGUCUUCGAGAAGAGGUUGGGCUUUGUGGUGUGGUGGUGAAUUGCAGAUCUGGAUCUUAGGGAAGAGGUUGGUGGGACGAGGGGAUUAGUGGGUUACAUUUUUAUUUUAUUUUAUAUUUUAAUUGUUUCCCUUUUCUUAUUUUAUUAAUAUUAGAUAGAAAAAUAAAUAAAAUUAAUAUUAGAAAUUCCACGUCAGAUGCCACAUCAGCACUGACUAGAUUUUCUGUUAAAAACUAACGGUCAACAAAAGUCAACACUAACGGAAUCAUAGUUCAGGACACAGAUGGAAUAUUGGAAACAAUAGGACACAAGUGGCAUUUUCGCGAUAGUUCGGGUGUUGUAGUGGUAUUAGCCCUAUUUUCAAAUAUAACACUUUUAUAAGUUAAUUGGAGCAUGCAUUGUCUCAAUUGGAGUUUUCAAACAACAGAAUUGGAGUGUGUGCCUUCCAAUUGGGUAUUUGUGUCUCGAAAAAGACCAAUUGAGGCGCUCUCCUCAAAUAAUUUUAUUGCUACCCCAAUAGGUGUUUCCACUUUCCAGCAUACAGAAAUUUCCAACGUUCCCACAUAGCUAACUGGAAAUUUCAAACGGGCAAGCUAACGGAAAAUUUUGGUUGUAAUGGAAAAUUUGGGGAAAACGAGCAUUUUGGAGUGGCUUAAAUAGAAGGUCAUUUUUCUAAUAAAUGUCACAUCUUUUU